AUGGCUAAGAAGAGAGUAUCCAAGGGGGCGGCACCAGCCUCCAAAAGAGCCAAAGCAGUGGAAAAGAAGUCUGAAGUGAAAGAUGACUCGAAAAAGGUUGAACUUCUCCCUCCACCUAUCAUUGAGAGAAUGGCAUCGGAUGUCAUUGAUGAGCAUAAGUUUAACAACCUAGCAGCUUUGCUUCAACAGUUGGAACUUACAAAGAGUAAGCUUCUUAAUGAGGAGGAUUCAGAAACAGACAGCGUGGAAGCGGCCUUGAAUGGGCUUUCUAAAGCGUUCCAGUUCCUCAUCAUGCACAGGAUGAUGGAUCAAACCAAAGACGAGAAGAAGAAUAUUGUUGCUUCAUGGAUCAAAGAUAAAUAUGAAAAGUUCAGAGCAUACCUUUGCUGGCUUGUCAAUACCAGACUUGCUGAAGAAUCGAAGCUUCAGACUGAAGCUGUUACCAUCUUUCUUGAUCUCGUGAAAGAAGAGACUGAGGUGAGAAAUGCCUUUGCUAUUGAUACAUACCAGGAACUUGUCCAUGCCUUGGUUUCAAGCAAUGCUGGUACUGGUCUUCGCAACCCUGUCAUCUAUGCUUUUUUCGUUCACUACCUUGAAUAUGAGGACUUGCAAGUUAACUUCUUCCACGACGCAUUGGCUGAGAAGCUUGAAGAAUGGAGCGGUCUUGAGGGACCAACAAAAGAUAGAAUAUUUUCCAACUUUUUUGCUUUCUUAAGUGAUCAGCUCUUGGAAGAAGAUGAAGAGGAUUCUGGGAAUUUCACAUCCGCUGAACCAGUUUCUGACGACUACAAGGGUUUCAAAGAAAACUUUCAGAAGUGCUUUUUGGCUGCAGUGAGGAUGCCAGAUCUUUCAGCCGACCAAUACAAAUUGAUGCUCAACUCCAUGCCUCGUUGCAUUCUUCCUUACUUGAGCUCACCUGCAUCAUUGAUGGACUUCCUUACCGACUCCUUUGACCAAGAGGAGGAUGAGAUUGUCCCACUUCUUGUGAUCAACUCCCUUUGGGAACUCAUGAAGGAAUACAAUUUGGAGUACCCAGAUUUCUUCACAAAACUUUACUCCUUGCUCACUCCAAGUCUUCUAUACACCAGAUACAGAGCUAGGUUCUUCAGACUGCUUGACUUGUUCCUCAGCUCGACGCAUUUAAGUGCUAACUUGGUAGCAUCUUUCAUCAAGAAGCUUGCUCGUUUAGCCAUCUCUGCAUCUGCUCCAGGUGUGGUGAUUGUCUUCCCAUUCAUUUACAAUCUUUUGAAAAGACAUCCCUCUUGUAUGAUAUUGCUACAAAACCUGGAAGGCAAGCAAAACCCAGACUAUAAAGAUACGUUUGACGAGAAAGAAAAGAAUCCACUAAAAACUGGAGCGCUCGGCUCCUCGCUCUGGGAGCUUGAGACCCUCCAAAGUCAUUACCAUCCUAACAUCGCAACCUUGGCCAAGAUCUUCAGUGAACCAUUCAGGAAACCUAGCUACAACAUGGAGGAUUUCUUAGAUUGGACAUACAAAUCCUUGUUAGACAGUGAAGAGAAGAGAAAAUACAAGGGCUUGGCUGCUCUUGAAUACGAAGAAUGGGAAACCUUGUUCGGAAAGGAAAAUGCUUUUGUCGAAGGUUGGGAACUUUAG